AUGGCUCAAGCUUCGCUCCUCGGCCUGACCCGCCCGUCGCCGUGGCUGCCCUCGGUGCCAUCUCGUUCCCGUGGCCACGCGCCGUUGACAACAGCCACAGUGCUGCUGACGAUGAUGAUAUCGAUGUUGCUGCGGCUGCCGCGACGCCCCUUGACCCAGCCCCGAGCUUGUAUCCCGUCUGAACGGCGAGCGGGUGGGUCGUGCAAGCCGCCACCGGCCACGAUGCUGCGGCGCGCAGUCGGUGGCAACCGCGAUUCCUAUUGUCCGGCAAUCCUCCCGCUGCCAGUCUACGCCGCCGCGAGGCCCACGGCUGCUGUCCGUUGCUUCACGAUGCACGCGUUGCAACGGCUCCUGCUUGUGCCUCUCCGUACCUCGUCGUCGUCGUAA